UUGUUUGGAAGAAAGAAAGAAAAAAUGGAUCCGACCCUUGAUUCCAAGCCUGCUUCGGAGCCUGUUAAGACGAAAAAAUGGAAGAAAAGAGUACGGUCGUCGUCGCCGCCGCCGCCAUGUGCUUUGGUGUCUUACAAGGAGUUGCCGGAGUACAUGAAGGACAAUGAGUUUAUUCUGAGUUAUUAUAGGGCUCAUUGGCCUGUCAAAGAAGCACUCUUUAGCAUCUUUCGUUGGCAUAACGAAACACUUAACGUUUGGACACAUUUACUUGGGUUUGUUUUAUUUUUGGGAUUAACAAUGACGCACUUGAUUCAAGUCCCUCAGGUGGCGGAUCUCAUUGCCUUCUUUACCAGGUAUUUUCCCAUGAGUGGCGACCUGAAUGUUUCUCAUGAUCCUCAAGACCACUUUAUGAGAGCAAUACCAGCGAAUCUCAUCGAUUUGAAGCUGGAAUCGGACGUUGCGCGCGUAACGCGGUGGCCGUUCUACGUAUUCUUAGCAGGCUCCAUGUUCUGCCUCCUAUCGAGCACCGUUUGCCACCUUUUUUCUUGCCACUCGCACCAUCUCAACUUGUCUUUGUUGCGGCUCGACUAUGCCGGGAUCACCACCAUGAUCAUCACAUCAUUCUUCCCACCAAUCUAUUACAUUUUUCAAUGCGAUCCGCAGUGGCACUUCAUCUACCUCGGUGGGAUCACGGUUCUAGGCUUGUUCACCAUCGCGACACUGUUAUCGCCGGCUUUGUCGACCAAGAAAUUCCGAGGAUUCCGAGCUUUACUCUUUUCUUCCAUGGCACUCUUUGGCAUUAUCCCCGGCAUCCACGCCGCCAUUGUCAACUGGUCUAAUCCGCGCCGCAAUGUCACACUGGCUUACGAGCUGGCCAUGGCUAUGUUCUAUUUGACGGGGACCCUGUUCUACGUUAGCCGAAUCCCGGAGAGGUUCAAGCCUGGAUGGUUCGACUUAGCAGGCCAUAGCCACCAAAUAUUCCACGUCCUGGUAGUGAUGGGUGCAUUGGCUCAUUAUGGUGCUUCUCUUGUAUUUCUGGACUGGCGCGAUCGCCAUAGCUGUUGAAAUUUAUGUAUUCUUUGUUUCAUUUGUUAGUGAAUUGACGCAAGUUGAAGAAAAGCUUUCUUCACUUAAAUAUAUUUGUAAACUUGUAAUUUAUUUGUUUCU